GUCGCUGAAUCUUCGAAUGCUGGAAAUCUUUACCAUCCCUUCUGCUCACUCGAUGACUGGAGCCUCGCACAAUGGUUUCAUGAAGCUGGUGUAUCAAUGUCCCAGGAGCGGUGCUACUCUCCAAAAGAAGCUGGAACAGUUGCCUGAUACCCGCAUGCCGUGGAAAACGAUAGAUGUUUGGCCUUCCUCAGGCAAUACUUCCUCCCCGGUCGUUCUCUACCAUAGGGAUCCGGUGAAAUGCAUCCAAUCUUUACUUGACCGACCUCACUUGCAAGACGCACUCGAAUUCGCACCCCGACGCAGUUGGGAAGACGAAAACCGUCAGAGCCGACUAUACUCAGAGAUGCUGACCGGAGAAUGGGCAUGGCGGACACAGGGAACGCUUCCACCUGGGUCUACUCUUGUUCCUGUCUUGCUUGGCUCCGAUAAGACUCAUCUCACUGUCUUUGCCGGUGAUAAGAAGGCUUGGCCGUUAUAUUUGAGUAUAGGGAACAUCAAAUCCUCUGUUCGUAACAAACCCAGGAACCGUGCUUGGUGUAUGUCGGUGAUUCUAGAACCCUUAAAACACAUACCAACAAAUGGUCUACCCAUGACCGACUCUGUAGGCGCUGUGCGUCUCUGUUUCCCGAGACUGGCGGCUUACCUUGCAGAUUAUCCCGAGCAAGUGCUCAUCAAUGUCGCUCGAUCCAACGCUUCGCCCACGACGACUGCAUCUUAUCGCAAUCUGGGGGACCCCUUCCUUUUUCCUCCUCGGACUAGGGAUUACAUUGUUCAAGCAAUAAGCCAAGUCAAAGCAAAAGUGGAUCCCGCUAAUGUUGGAGCGUAUCAACGAGCAGCCAAGAAGAUUGGCCUCAAUGGAGUAGAUCAACCAUUCUGGAAAGACUUGCCGGGUUAUAUGCCGAAUGUUUGUGUUGCACCUGACAUCCUACAUGGGGUGCAUCGCUUCUGGCGUGACCAUGUCCUCGAUUGGGUAAUUAACCUUGUAGGGGCGGAAGAAUUGGACAGACGU